AGUCAAAAUACAGAACAUAACCUCACUUCGCUACCUUUGAAAACUUGGGGCUGUUGUGAAUAAAAUGUGAAAUAAGUUUGUUCACUGUUGUGUAGCUUCACUGGCUUCCGAAUGUGAGAGUUUGCAACAUAAGGGAUUUAAUACUCAAUUUCAUUCGUUUCUACGCAAGGUUUUUAACGAAUUGUCAAUUAGAAAUUAUUGAAAAAAAUUGUCAAUUGUGUAUGAAACAAAGCUUCCACAACAAGAAAUGGAAUCCGAAGGUUCGGAAGAUAAACUUCCCUUGCUUGAACAAUUGCGACAACGGAUAUCAAAGGCACUUGAUGUGGAACAUUACCCGUUUCAUAAAAGAGGAAAAACUUGUUUUGAAAAUACUCCAGUUACUUCAGAAACGAAUCCACAGGACACUGAAGGUGAUUUUAGUGAGGAUUCAAAAGACAUUAUUGCGCCUAUUUUGACCGAAACUGAUCCACUAGCAGAACCUACGGAAAAAUCAAAUGAAUGUCGUCCCCUAAUCUUAAACGAGGAAAUAAAACUCGAGGUUGACGAGGUACCCUUUCUUGAUGAAGAAGCAAAGAACUUCCUUAAAAAAAAUGUAAAAAAAGAUCAUGCCUAUGCACGAAUUGAUAUUCCAGAAAACUCAACAGGCUAUAGAAAGUUGUACAUGCUUGAAAAACAAAAAUUAAGUGCUGCCAAGAAAAAACUAAGUGCCUUAAAUAAGGCAUUUUUGCGUCAGAAAUCCAGGAGGAUGAUGGUUAAGAAACUUCUUAGAGAAAUGAAAAGGAAGACAUACUCCAAAAUUAGCCAACUUUUGAAGGAUUCAGGGGGUUCUUUCAAAAAUGGCAAACCCAAAAAAAUACUUAUAGUAAUAUGAAAAGUAACGUUCAAUAAAUGAGUUAAGUUUUUUAA